UUUUUUAUUUACUUUGUAUUCCUCAGUAAACAGCAGCAGGGGCCCAACUUGACAUUGACCGAACGAUUAGACUUACUGUUUACAAAGCCUCACUACGAUCCAAGACUCAGGCUUAACUUCAACCGUAAGCUAAUGUUUUCCUGGGGAUUUCCAAAGAACAGAAUAAUACAGUUAUUAUUAAUUAUAUUUCAUACUCUUGCACGUUAAACAAUGAUUUCCAGUCAUUGAUUUAGAAUAAAAAGGGCCGCUUCUAACGUCUGGGCUUGCGACCAUUUUGGUGUUACGUCUGUGUUGAAGGACAUGGAUACACCUCGUUAGCGCGAAGUUCACACAGGAUCAGUGGUUCAUCAUUCAGAAUCAUUUCUUCACACUUUAAUUAACUGAAGUACUUUCUAUGUGAUACAAACUUAUUUGCUUUAUUCAGACAAACCGGUGAUCGUGACAGUAGGAUUCUGGGUUCUGUCAAUCGAUGCGAUAAAUCUGAUGCAUAUGGUAAGAAAAAAAUGUCUUUGAAAAACUAAGGGUACUAUGCUUAUUAAAGAAAUUGCCGAAAAGGAGUGAUGAGAAAGUUAACAGCUGUUCGUUAUUUUUACCCAAUAGACUGACAGCCGCUGUAGAACACACGAGUAAUCCUUAAGUUUUCUAGCCUGCGACCGCAGACGUAUUUCCGAUCGUCGCUUCUCACCCCGCUCCGAAAUAGAGAAGCGACGACCGGAAAUACGUCUGCGAUCGCAGGCUAGAAGUUUUCUUCAGGGAUGGUAUAAGUAGACCCAACGAAAAAGACAAGCGCUACGUUGAAAAUCUCCCCCGUGCUCUCGUGUAUUGGCUACUAGCGGACUCGGUCAGUGUGCUGUGGAAUCAAUUAAAUAAUUGAUUAGCUCGUCGUUUCUUCCUUCAUUUUCUUAAAAAUAAUUGGCCCUCAACUCUUAACAGGAGUUCGGGAUAGACAUUUUCCUUCGUCAAUCUUGGUUUGACCCGCGACUUGACCACGGUCUUCAAGGUACUCUAUCUCUAAGCAACACGGUGCUUUCUCAUACAUGGCUGCCCGACAGUUAUUUCAAAAACGCAAAGAAAGCAAGCUUCCACGACGUCACCACACCGAAUAUUAUGAUUUCCAUUGGUCCUGGGGGCUUGGUACAUUACAAUGCAAGGUAAGGCUAGUCAGCUACCGACCGAUAGAGAAGGGGAAAUAAGCUGUAUAUAUCAUAACAAGGGGUGUGUGAUUUAUGGUUUAAUCAAAUAGUAAAUCACUAAACCAGUGAGAAAAAGUGAUCUGAAAUAAGGUGUAAUUCAUUAAUAAACCAUAAUGGGGGAUACACGAAAACGGCUCUCAAACAGUCAGGCAAAAUUCAAACAUCCCCUGCAGCAUGAAAAUCGCCCAGAUGCUGAUACAGAGUACUCCUACGUAACUAGUUUAUUUUGUCAAAUUUACAGUAUAUACGUAAGCAAUCAGCAGUGCAGAUUGGUCAAUUCUGAAUUUAGUAGUUAUUGACCGUCUAUGAACAACCAGAACAACGAAUUUAAGUUUUGAUCGCAGUUUGUAACAGAAAAAAUAUUAAAGUCUCGAUUUUAGAAGCCAGUACUGAGUCAAUUAUAUUUCGUGGCGUUUAGGAUCUGGUUUCCCUAAUCAUCGACCAAUGGCCGUUAAGUUCGUGAAUUUAGUAUUUUACACAAAAAUAUUGGUUUCUCUUCGUAAAUCACGAUAUAAUAAAUAACUUACGAACCUCGCUUUCAAGUUCCUUACUGAAGUGUACGGAAUCUUUUUUCCCUCUCAGAUUUGGGCCUGGCCUCGGAAAAAACUUAGUCUAUAACUUAUUGUAAAUUGUGGUGCUAGUAAGUGUAACUGUAAAGUAAUAAACAAUUUUUUUUAUUUUCCUGCAUGCAUUGACUUUUAUUUUUCUUCAGAGUUACUCUGAAAGCUUCUUGUCCCAUGGAUUUACGCCUUUAUCCUAUGGACGUGCAGGAAUGCCCAUUGAUUAUUGAAAGUUGUAAGUUGCAGUUUAUAGUAGGGAGCUUAAACAGUGAAGACGACGAGGGCAGUAAAAAUGUUGGACGAAAAAAACUGUUGGACGGAAAAGGUCCAUUUGACGAUAACGUUUUCAAAAAUCCGGCCAUACUACUAGCACUACGCUCUGUAAGGGAUGCAAAUCGUAUUUCUUUCGUUUCAGCGUUUUCGUGUGGACGGACAAAACAAUUCGAAUAAGCUACUUGUGGAUGCGUUAUUAUUAUUAUAUUUUUGAAAACCGAGAAAAAUGUCUCCCCUUUGAAAAAAUACCCGGGUACGUGUGCACUGGGCAACGCAAUAGUUACUCACGCACUUUCCACUAAGGAUUUGAGAAUAAUUGUAUUUUUUACGUAAUUACUUGUUGAACAUGUUGCUUUAAUUUAUCUCUUUUAUUUAAUGUCUUAUAGAUGGCUAUGACAUAAAAAACAUCAUUUACAAAUGGGAAACUGACUCCAGCGAGGAUGGAAUGUCAUUUGUACCUCUUGACAUGAAGAUGCUACCUCAACUUAAACUCACCAAGCUGCAUCUUUCAACAAUUUUCACCCGAUAUGUUGUUGGUAAAUAAAAGCCAGUCUCAAAGAUUAUUUAUUAAAAUAACUGUUAAUUUGUUUCAAUUAUGAUGUAUGUUAAAUGCGUAGAAAAUAGUCUCCGGCCUCUUUGAGGGAAAAUUGACGAAAAACUCCAGAACAUUUGAUUUAGCGAUUGAGUGGCCGUUCCCUGCUUAACACAACCCUGUCAAUAUCGGAUAAUUCCUGCGCAGCUUUUUAAAACGAUCCUGAAAAUUAUGUUAGUUUCUAACAUCUCUAAGGUCUUUUAGAGCGAUAUACUCCAGGAAUGACUCUAUUUAGGAGACUGUCUCAAUUUCUCGACUUUCAUAAUUAUGUCCUGUUGCUGUGCACUUGAAACAGCUACCAUUCAUACCAUUUCCAUGAUGCUCCGCUUUACACCACCCAGUAACAAAACAAAGUUCCUGCCUUUUUUAAAAGUCUCGUUAAAUCAAGUCCGAAUAAUCAGAUUCAUUUCCAUGGCUUACCUUGUUCUAGCCGACACAACGCCUGGUGACCAGCCCUGAGCCCGAGAAGAAAGAUGUAUCUGGCAGUGAAAAGUGAGCGGACUUGUCAGUUUUAUUUCAAUUUCUUGACGAUGAACGCACUAGGACUCUCAGUCGAGGCUAAUGCGGUUGGAUCGAGGUAUUCCACCAUCAGCCUGGACUGUAUGCAAGCUUUAGUCUCAGUUCACCGUCAAUAAUGCGAAAAAGGUUUCUGUCUUACAGGCAACUACUCUGGCUUGAGAGCCUCAUUCUCCUUACAGCGCCUGUACAGUUAUCAAGUGAUUCACCUUUACGGACCGAGCGGACUCAUUGUAGUACUCUCCUGGCUGACUUUCCUUCUACCUAGAACGCAGUCCCCUGCCCGAGUCACGCUUGGAGUGACGUCCGUCCUCACCAUAGUAACUGUUCUGACCAUGUCCAAUAACGCUAUGCCCAAGGUACAAACCACUUCACUUUUAAUGUUACAGAAGCUCAAAUAUUAAGAAGGAUGAUAAAAUAGGACCAAUGGGGUAAAUGUGCUCCAUGGGACCCUAAUUCGUAUUACUGCAGCUUUCAUUCUGGGAGUUAAAGUGUGACAGCAAAAAAUUAACAGCUAAAUGCCACUUGUAUUUCUCGGCACUAAAAUUUAGCACGAUCUUUCUUCUGUGGUAUGUAAGGACAGGGUCCACGAAUGACGAACUUCACAUAAGACGAACCUAGCUAAUGCCAGGCUAGAACAAUAAAUUUAGCUUAUUAGUUUAAGUUCGUCACAAGUGAAGUUGGAUGUCUGACCCUGGCCCAAUGAUACAUAUUGAAAAUUGAGUUGACAUGCAGGUUCAGAAUUAAAAAUGUUUAAAGAAUUAUUUCUUUAGGGGAGCUUCUUUGUUCACCGAAUGGCUACUCAAGUAGAUUAGGAUAUGGGUCUUUACAGAUUUCUCAGAAUUUUAAAAGGAGAAUGGUGUAAGCUAUCCCAUGACUAGCAACAUGCCACGUUUUAAAACCGACCGUUUUAAGAAUAGCUUUAUUAUCUUUUCAUGUCUUAAAGCAACUAACUCGUAGGUUAGAGUUUUCGAAUUUCGCAGCUUGUAUUUCGAUAACUUUUUUUAGCAUCUCAUCUCUUUUUGGCUUCAUUAUUCCUUUCAAUUAAGAUAGAUUAGUUAAUCGGUUUAGAUCUAUAAUUUAAUUUUUGCAACUUAAAUACGCAAUUCAGUUUUCGAACUGCCAUGUAUGUAUGAAUUAAUAAACUUCAAACUUCAAACUUCAAACUUUAGGCCAAUCAUAACCAAGAAAUCCUCCAAUUUCAUUUUAAAAAUUAAUUUUAACUGCAUCACGUGAUCAACUACGCCCUAUUUUAGCGAGGAAUCAUUUGAGUCGAAAUUCCCACUAGACAGAGAGCAAACCUUUUUCCUUAUGUAGGUCCAAACAUUGGCUAAUAAUACUCUUCUUUUAAAAACAGUCGGAGUGAAAACAUUAGCGUCUCAGUCCUGAAGAAAAUUUUAGUUAGAGGAGACACUAAUCAAUGAAUACCAAUUGCACCUGCCAAUUGUAACGCUUCGAACCAUUCCGAGCUAAAUUCGCAGACACUUUGAUACAGAGAAAGUGGUGGGAAUCGUUGGUUACAAUUUUCGAACACUGAAGGGCGUAGUCGACUACGCCUACCAAGUAAUUUGGAUUUCUUUUAGCAAGGUUUUUUAAAGUUGUAGUUUACUUUACCAUCUAUCAUUCCUCGUGAAUGUCUUUAAGAAUAGUUUUUGGACAAUGUGCAUAAAAACCAUAAAUCACUUAGACCCAGGCCUAAUCUACUUGAUUAUAAGCGCAAUCCCAGGUUAAAUAAUUCAAAGGGAAAAGCCUGCAUCGAAUAACCAUGACCACUCAAAUUUGCCGACUUUACAGAAAACCAAGAGAUUAGAGAGUUUAGAAUCAGAAACCCGGAGGGUUUCAAACGACUGGGACCGGGAUUUUAUACUUUGGAACAACAUUAAGUAUACAUCCCCCAAGGAGUGUUUAUUCUUGCCAUAUAUAGUAUUCCGUCUUGUCAUUAAACUUUACUAAGGAAAUUUACAAGGCUUACUUCACUGAUAACAGUGAAAAAUACAUUGCCGCUAACUUAAUAGUUACUAUGACAGCCAGAAAUAUUUUCAUUAUUUUUCCAGGUGAAUUACGUGAAAGCUAUCGACAAGUACUUGAUCGUGUGUUUUUUGUUUGUAUUCUGUUCUUUGCUGGAGUACGCCAUUGUGCUCCUCCUUGAUCGAGGAAAACGGAACUUUGAAAAACAGAAGAAAGAAACUAGGAACCUUGUGGAGAAGGUAAUUUGUGUAUGUUUCUACUGUGCAACCAGCUUUCGGCAAGUACAGAUUAUGUAGUUCCGCGGAUCGUUUAAACUUGGCUCCAAGGAUAGCCUCCUUAAUUAGCUGGCGAACAGAGCUGCGAAGCCGCCUCUUCUCGAGGCUUUACUCCUGAACAAAAGCCAGGGUCGGCCAGGGUUUUUGGGUAUACAGUAUAUUUGGGUAUUUAAUUUCAGGUAUACAGUAUUUUUAUGCUUACAAUUGGGUAAAAAGUAUUCCCUCACGACCAAUUUGGAUAUAAAGUAUACCGCCAGUUUUUCGCAAUUUUGGUAUUUUACACCAGUUUUAGUGUAAUUUUUGGUAUAUACUGGAAGGUUUAUUUCGGGUAUUUUGGUAUUCCACUACUCCCCCUGGCCGACCCUGAAAAGCAAAAAUGGCACCCGCGGAAUGAAGCUGUCGCGCGCUAUAAAUCCUGGUAGCUACGCAAGCUAUUCCAAGGAUAGCCCACAUAACAGCCUAAACAAGAAACCACACUUGCAAGUAUACACUAGUAAGUUGAAGCAGUUGUGGACUAUUCUUAGAAGGGGAAUUAUUUUUAGCGGUUUGCAUGUUUAAACCAUCUUUUUUUUCAGAGAUAGAUCCUUAGUAUUUUGUACUUGAAAUAUGAAGCUUUUUUGCAAGUGUACUUGGCGGUUAUUGCAGUAAAAGGAAUGUGUCCUUUUUGACUGUUCCAUUCCGUCGUUUCUAUCAGUUUUCUUGUUGCCGUUUCACGGUCUUCAUCCAUUUUUCUUUUUAGUUAAGCGAUUGUUUUUCAAUGGUUCCCCUCCCCGCGGGUAUCCAUACACUUAAGCGUUUUCAACUAAAUUAUAAAAUGACAUAAGCAUCUUCACAGGGGCACCCAACGUCAAUUUUCGGAAAAUAUCUGUUCGGAAGACGAUUUGAGAUCUAGAAUUUUCGGAACAUUUGUUGUAAAAUUUCUUGCUUGCCUGCCUCUCCUAAGAUUUUCGAACGUCUAAAAAAUGGUAUAAUUACCCUUUUUUUAAAGGAUUUUUACCCUAAAAAGGUCACCUAGAAUUUUCGGGAGCCUUUUUUCUGGCUGAAAUUUUCGAAAAGGUAAGUUUUGAUAUAAUUUUCCGAAUCACUAAACUUUCAGCUAGGAAAUCCGAACAGAUGAAAAAGUUUUAGGGGAUAAAAAUAUGCCUAUAUCUACCGUUUAAAUACUAAAAUACGUUCAACAAUGCUAUGUUGUAGUGGUUUUGAACUAUAUUCUCGUUGGGUGCCCCUGUCUUCAUGCAAACAACCGCCGUUAUAUAUCUCCCAGACUACAAAACACAGAAAACAGCCCGUGCGUAGGCAUCAAGAACGAGCGAGCAUUUGAGUCCUGGAACGAGUGUAGGCUAACGCACUUCGCGCCUUGAAAAACCAAUUUUGAAGAAAAAAAGUUUUGCAUUUUACAAAUUAAAUCUCUACACUUUUAUCAUUUCAGAUAACUAGUGGCCUGGCUCAAUUUAAUGGUAACAUUAAACAUAGACACUCUGCUAUCAUUUUGGAUGACAGAGAGCUUCGAAAGCUACUCCACAACGGAGAAACAAAGUCAACGGACCCAAAGGGCGACGAAUACGCUGAAAGUAUCUCAGAAGCCAGUGAUUCCAAGCAAGCCUGUAGUUCACCAGCUUUGAGUAAAGUGGGAGAAAGAUGGAACGGUGUUCGAGAAAUUGUUUACCGGGAAACGUUUAUUGUUGGCGUAGAUGCGUUUUCACUUAAAUUAUUUUCCUUUGUUUUCUUUACUUACAACUUUUACUACUGGGUGACAAUUUUCUACUAUCCUAAUUGUUUGAUCUAG